AUGGAAGACAAAGCAAAUGCCACCAUGGCAGAUCCAUCCGUCAUAACUAUCGAUAACAUUUCCAGCAGAAUGCCUCCUCAUAAUGCAGACGAUGUUAAAAAAUCUACAGAUCAUUUAUACGCUUUAGUGGACAUGGGAAGCAACGGAAUUCGAUUUUCCAUCUCGGAUCUCUCUCCUCCUACCGCCCGUCUCCUUCCUUGCAUCUAUCGCGAUCGCGCUCCCAUUUCCCUCUACGAUGCCCUCCAUUCUUCUCUUCCCGGUUCUCGAGAAUUAAUUUUCGAUUCCGAUAUCAUUGCGCAAGUUGCCAAACGUCUUGCGGGAUUUAAAUAUACUUGUGAUUCCUAUGGGGUGCUUUCGAAAAAUAUUGGGGUUUUUGCUACGGAAGCUAUGCGCACGGCGCUGAAUAGGAAAGAGAUGACGGAUGCGAUUAAGAGGGAGAGUGGGCUAGAAGUUGAUAUUUUGAGUCCGCAGGUCGAGAGUUUGUUGGGGGCGAUGGGGGCGAGGGGUGGGUUUGUGGGUGUGCGGGGUUUGAUGAUGGAUUUGGGGGGUGGGAGUGUGCAGAUGGCUUUUAUGGAUAGUGGUGCUUCUGUAUCUUCUGCAUCUUCUGUUGAGAUGUUGGAAGCAUCUACGGGCGUGGAAACGUACUGGGGAAAGAGUGCAGCGUUUGCGAAGAGUAUGCCGUUUGGAGCUGCGAAGAUGACGGCAAUGUUGGGGAAGGGAGAUAUUGAUGAUAUUCGGAAUGAUAUGCGAACACGAUUUCAAGAGACAUUCCAGGGAUUAUGUGGAAGUUUUGAAGAACUGCAGAAGCAGGUAGAGAAUGAGGGUGUGACGAUAUAUCUCUGCGGUGGAGGAUUCAGAGGUUAUGGAAGUAUGUUGAUGCAUACUGAUCCCAUAAAUCCCUAUCCUAUCCCCUCUAUUGCCGGCUACAAAGUAUCCGGAAAGCGAUUCAGGCAAACGAGAGAAAUGCUCCGUGUGAAUGAAGUCGAGAAGGAAAAGAUUCACGGCAUGAGUAAGCGACGACGAGAACAAUUUCCCGCCAUAGUGGAAGUGGUCGUGGGGAUCAUUUCCGUCGUUCCAAAUAUCAAAGAAGUGAUUUUCUGCGGCGGAGGAAAUAGAGAAGGAGUACUAUUUCUCAAACUACCAUCCCAAAUCCAAGAAACUCAUCCUUUAUUACUUCUCCCUUCCAAUCACUCCAUGAGCGAUACCCAAGUCACAGAACUAAUAGAAAUCCUCUCCUCAUCACUCCCCGCCUCCCAACCCGGUACUAAAAUCUUCACUCGGGAAAUCCUAUCCUAUAUCGUAAAAUACAUGUGGGAAAACAUGGCAGAUAUAUCGAAUUUAAACGCGGCCCGCGCAUUACAUACUCCUAUUUCGGGACCAAUGGCUGGAAUGCCCGGAUUAUCGCAUGAGGUUAUUGCGAUACUUUCAUUAACCUUGUGUGCGCGGUGGGAAAACGAUGUGGGGAAAGUGGAUAGGGGGGUAUUGGGGGGAUUGAGGGGGAUAGUGGGGGAGGAGGGUGCUUGGUGGUGUGAUUAUUUGGGGGCGGUGGCGAGGGGGGUUUGUGGGUUGGUUGUUGUUCCUAGGAGGAAUGUUGGAGAUGGAGGGAAAGGGCUUGGAUUUAGGUUUAAGGGGGAAUGGACAGAUGGGUUGGGCAAGAAGGGGAAGAGGGAGGGGGUGAGAUUGAGGGUCUUGGGUGAUUUGGGAGCGCGAGAGAAAGAUGUGGAGUUGGAGAAGGUGUCCGGAAAGGUGGGCAAGGGAUUGGGGUUGAAGAGGAGGGUUGAGAUUGUUUGGGGGGAGGAAUUGUGA